CGGCGGAAAUCAGGCUUGGAUCCGGGCAACCCCCGCUAUGCGCAUGCUCCGUGUCCUCGCUUGGGCUCCCCGCGCGACUCGGAGCCUCAUGCCGGGCCCCAAGCGUGCGCGCCCACCCCGCAUCGGCACCCACGGGGGCACCUUCCACUGCGACGAGGCGCUCGCGUGCUUCCUCUUGAGGCUGCUUCCCUCUUACCAGGAUGCAGAGAUUAUCCGGACCCGAGACCCCCAGCUGCUGUCAGCAUGUGAUAUUGUCGUGGAUGUUGGGGGCGAAUAUGAUCCUCAGAAACAUCGCUAUGACCAUCACCAGAGGUCAUUUGAAGAGUCAAUGCACAGCCUGAAACCUGAUAAACCUUGGCAGACCAAGCUGAGCAGUGCCGGGCUGGUAUAUUUCCACUUUGGCUCCCAGAUUUUAGCCAACAAGUUGGGCCUAAAGGAGGAAGAUCCUGUUGUGUCUCUGCUUUAUGACAAGUUGUAUGAGAACUUUGUAGAGGAGAUAGAUGCGAUCGACAAUGGCAUCUCCCAGUGGGAUGAAGAGCCCCGCUAUGCCAUGACCACCAACGUGAGCUCCAGGGUGGGGUACCUGAAUCCUCGCUGGAAUGACAAGGAUCAGGACACUGAGGCUCCUUUCCAGAAGGCCAUGGCGCUGGUGGGCCAUGAAUUCUUAGACCGUCUAGAUUACUAUUACCGCAGCUGGCUCCCUGCACGCAGCCUUGUGGAGGAUGCCAUCCGACAGCGCUUUGAGGUGGAUCCUAGUGGUGAAAUUCUGGUCCUGGCACAGGGGGGUUGUCCAUGGAAAGAGCAUCUUUUGCAGCUGGAACAAACAAUGGAUGUGAAGAAGCCCCUGAAAUUCAUCUUAUAUACAGAUCUCAGUGGCCAAUGGCGGGUGCAGUGUGUUCCGGCUGGGCUGCGAACCUUUCGGAACCGAUUGCCAUUGCCGGAGGAGUGGCGGGGUUUACGUGAGGAGGAUCUCUCCCAGGCCAGUGGGAUCCCGGACUGUGUCUUUGUGCAUUCCAGUGGCUUCAUUGGAGGAAACAGGACUAAGGAAGGUGCACUGGAAAUGGCUCAAAAGACGUUGGCUCAACAAGCUGAAUCCAACUGAGGGAUCAGAUUCCACCAGUCUGGGCUCCUGGGAGUUGCUUAUUUUGUAGGGUUGCGUAAGCUUUUGUUUUUAAAACAAAGGCACAUCAGCCAAUCAAAACCACUCAUUUUUGUGUGUUUGUGAGAGAAAAUGUUGAACCAAAGGGAAAUCUUCAAGUUGGCCAUUGACACCACCUUUGGGAGUGGGCAAGAUAAGCAUUGGCCUGCUGUCCUGGGAUUUCCUUCCUUUUGGACUUUGGAGCUGGGUGUGUGGAAGAGUCCUGGAUUUGAAGGAAAAUAUACACAAAGAGCUGACGUGAUGAGGUAGUGAAGAGGAGUCGGGCAUGUGGCUUACUCAGAAUAAAUUGAGAAAGUUAUAUGACGAAUGUGGACCAUGUGUGCUUCAUGUGUAUGUUUCAUUAAUAAAGUAAGGUUCUGUCCCCA